UUGAAUGUUUUUGAGUGGGCGGAAGGUUUUUUUUUUUUAGAGUGGGCGGAAGGUGUUUUCACUCUGCUGUCUGCACGCUGUCACUGUAUCAAUGUCUGGUGUAUUUAAAGCAAUGUCAAAGUUUCGCCUUGCUGUGGUGCAGUUACAUGUGUCAAAGAUCAAGGCUGACAAUUUAAGAAAAGCACAAAAGCUUGUGAAAGAGGCUGCAGUGCAAGGUGCAAAAGUAGUAGUCCUACCUGAGUGCUUUAACUCCCCAUAUGGAACCGGAUUCUUUGCCGAGUAUGCCGAGAAGAUCCCAGGAGAAUCCACACAGAUGUUGUCAGAGACAGCCAAAGAGUGUGGGAUCUAUUUAGUGGGUGGUUCCAUACCAGAGGAGGAUGGGGGGAAGCUCUAUAACACCUGUUCGGUUUUUGGUCCUGAUGGAAAGCUGCUUGUAAAACACAGAAAAAUUCAUCUCUUCGAUAUUGAUGUACCUGGAAAAAUACGUUUUCAGGAAUCUGAAACAUUAAGCCCAGGAAACAGUUUGUCCGUGUUUGAGACACCAUUUUGUAAAGUAGGUGUGGGGAUUUGUUAUGACAUUCGCUUUUCGGAGCUUGCGCAGAUCUAUGCCAAGAAAGGUUGCCAGCUUUUGUUAUAUCCUGGUGCCUUCAAUAUGACCACAGGACCGGCUCACUGGGAGCUGCUGCAGAGAGGGAGGGCGGUAGAUAAUCAAGUUUAUGUGGCCACUGCUUCACCAGCAAGAGAUGAGACGGCCAGCUAUGUGGCCUGGGGUCACAGCUCUGUAGUCAACCCUUGGGGUGAGGUUAUUACGAAAGCUGGGACAGAAGAGGCUGUUGUGUAUGCUGACAUAGACCUGCAGUACUUGGCUGAUGUGCGUCAGCAAAUCCCGAUCACCGCCCAGAGACGUAAUGACAUAUAUAGUGUAAAUGCUGUUCAGGAAGGCUGACGUGCAGGGGUGAGGUAAACACAAAAGCUGGGUUACAAAAGGUUGUUUUGUAUGCUGAUGUAGGUAAGUUUUGUGCCAGGUGCAUUUAGAGUAAACUGAUCAUCUAUGUCUGCUCUGUGUAAAUCUCUAAUUCAGUUCAUGAUAGCUCAUGUUGUUUACAAUCUUUGUUGCCUAAAAUUACAAUUUAAACCAAUUGAACUGUUCAGAUUGGUUCACAAUAUGCUGAACAUAGCAUGUUUUAGUGUCUUUAUGUGAUUUAAUGUUUUUACUGUAUAUCCAAGUACACUUUAUGUAUGUAUGCACAACAGAAAAACUAU